UUUAUUUGCAAGCGUCUGACUGAAUAAGGUGUCCUUGACGGGUUGCAAAAUGUCGGGCUCUUACACCAACGAGGAUUAUGUACCUAGCUUUGAGGAGCUUAAAGUACCAGAGUUACCGAUCUCGUCAUCUACUCUGCGUACAGCUAGUUUGUAUAUGGGCAAAUAUUGUGACGAACAAUGCAAGGAAUUUAUGUUAUGUAAUGAAGAGUUGAAGGACCCAAUACGCUGUUUGAAUGAGGGCAAGGAAGUAACUCGAUGUGGAUAUGAAUUCUUGAAAAAAGUACGAUUGAAUUGUAGAGAAGAAUUCAAUAACUAUCACUCUUGUCUAGAUCUACAUGGUGGAAAGAGUAUGCACUUCAGGAAUUGUAGAGAUUCACAACAGCCACUUGAUGACUGUCUAUUCAGGACCAUGAACUUGGAGCGUCCAGAAUCAGGCUACUUUGUUCAGCGCCGAUUUCACUCCUCUACCCGUCCACCACCACCAGAUUUGAGGAGGAAGUAUGAGAGACUUCCACCCAUGGCUGAUCUUGCUGAAAUGCCUAAGGAACAGAAACCGUAUCCCUGCGACUGUUGAAUAAUUCUGUACAGUCCAAGCUUACAUGCUGUCACAGAUUUUGUAAGCCUGGUACAGCCGUAUAUACCUGGAACAGUCAGACUUAAACAAAAAGACAUUCAGUGAUGUAGAUUAUAAUAUUUUGCAGAAGACUGUGUUUCAUGAGAAUUUGUUUGUAAAUAUAAAAAAGUCAUUUA